CCCUAGCCAAGCUAUCUCUGCUGAUCAUGACUUAGAAUCUAAUCCCGAUUCUACCGACAUUGCUGAUGGAAGUAACGAAGAGACUCGCAAAGAAGAUCACCAAGAAAUUCUGAGACUUAACAAUCUCAACUUUACGGAGGACGUUAUGAAUCUUGUUAUGGAGGACGUUAUGGAGGGCGCCAAGGAUCUUUCGGAGGUUUCAGAGAAAGAUAUAGAAAUAAUG